AUGGCGUGCCCUCAUCUGGCCUCGAUAAAAUGCUUUGACUCGAUUGAUGACCCCGAUGGCCUUGAUGUCUGCCUGCAGUGCUUCAACGGCGGCUGCACGGGCGACCGGCACCAUGCCAAGAUGCACAACAUUGUCUGGAAGCACCCCUUGGCGCUGAACAUUCGCCGGACGCGCAAGGUGGUCGUGCGCGACGAGCCGCCCCCGAAGAUGUCGAAGCUCGCCAUCGCCGCCGAGACCGAAGACGACCGCUACGACACGGCCGUCGCCGUCAAGUGCUUCGAAUGCGACGUGGCUCUGGACAAGACCGACCCGAAACUGGCGCCCGUUGUCGACGGAAUCCUCAAGGCCAACACAUUCUCGCGCAAGGAAGAAGUCAAGGCCUGGGAGCAGGAGCUGGUCUCGUGCGAGCACAUCCGCUCUCUGCGGCAAGAGGCAGCGCGCACGAUCGCAUCGCAGGACCUCGGCCACUGCUCGCUGUGCGAGCUCAACGAGAAUCUGUGGCUGUGCCUGCAGUGCGGCAACCUGGGCUGCGGCCGCGCGCAGUUCGGCGGCGUCGGCGGCAACUCGCACGGCCUGGCACACGCCACUGCGUCGGGCCACGGCGUGGCCGUCAAGCUGGGCUCGAUCACGCCCGAGGGCCAUGCCGACGUCUACUGCUACACGUGUGACGACGAGCGCAUUGACGACAAGCUCGGCGACCACCUGGCCCACUGGGGCAUCGUCCUGGCCGAUCGCCAGAAGACAGAGAAGAGCCUGACGGAGAUGCAGAUUGAUCAGAACCUGCGCUGGGAGUUUACGAUGACGACCGAGGACGGCAAGGAGCUGCGGCCGCUGUUUGGCAAGGGCCUGACGGGCCUCAAGAACCUCGGCAACAGCUGCUACCUGGCCAGCAUCCUGCAGUGCCUGUACGAUCUGCCGUCGUUCCAGAAGCGCUAUGGCGCCAUCAACCAGGACAUGGUUGGCAUUCGCGAUCCGGCCGACGACCUGGAAACACAGCUGCGCAAAGUGGGGGACGGUCUGUUGUCAGGCCGCUACUCGAAGCCGGACGCCGACGCGUCCGCCAGCACAGGCGACGAUGCCGUCGUGCCGCACCAGAAGGGCCUGGAGCCGGCCAUGCUCAAGCAUCUGGUGGGCCGCGGCCACGAAGAGUUUUCGACCAUGCGGCAGCAGGACGCGUUUGAGCUUCUGCAGCACCUGGUCAAGCUCAUCACGCGGUCCAAACACCCGACGCCGGCCGACGAUCCGACGGUGCCGUUCCGCUUCACGCUCGAGCAGCGCCUGCAGUGCCUCAGCUGCAAGAAGGUCCGGUACACCUCGAACGAGCAAGACAGCAUCUUCAUCGACGUGCCGCUGGAGAAGCUGCCGGCCGGCGACGGACCGGACGCAGCGGAUGCCGAGUACAAGCCCGUCACUCUCAAGGACUGCCUCGACCGCUUCACGGGCGAAGAGACGGUCGAGCUGACGUGCGCAGCCUGCGGCAGCAAGGACGGGUACACCAAGCGGUCGCUCUUCAAGACGCUGCCCGACGUCUUUGUCGUCAACGCGCGCAAGAUGACGCUGGUCAACUGGGUGCCCAUCAAAGUCGACGUGCCCGUGCUUGUCGACGACGCGGCGUUCCCUCUUGACGGGUACUUGUCGCCGGGACAGCAACCGGGUGAGGAGCUCCUGCCCGAGGAUGCCUCGACGGGGGGCGGCGCGCCCGCGUUUGUCGCCAAUCCCGAGGCGGUCGCCCAGCUCGAGGGCAUGGGCUUCCCCCUCGUGCGCUGCGAGAAGGCACUCUAUGCGACAGGCAACAGUGACGCCAACGCGGCGAUGGAGUGGCUGUUUGGCCACAUGGAGGACCCGGACAUUGACGAGCCUCUUGUGAUUGACGCUGGUGCUGGUGGCGGUGGCGGUGGCGGUGGCGGCUCGGGUGGCGCAACAACGGCCGAUCCCGAGAAGAUGGAGAUGCUCGGUGCCAUGGGAUUUGCCGAGCCGCAGGCCAAACAGGCGCUUCGCGAGACCGGCGGUGACGUUGAGCGGGCUGUUGAGUGGCUGUUCAGCCACCCCGAAGCCACGGGCGAGGACGACUCGGCCGCUGCAGAGGCCGCUAGCUCGUCCGCCGAGCGUCCCCCGGCGGGUACCAGCGAGACGCCCGCGAACUACCAGCUGCAGAGCAUUGUGUGUCACAAGGGCACGAGCAUCCAUGCGGGCCAUUACGUCGCGUUCAUCCGCAAGAAGCUGGCGGAGGACAGCGACAAGGUGUCGUGGGUGCUCUUCAACGACGAAAAGGUGGUCGAGGUUGUGGACGUAGAGGAGAUGAAGAAGUUUGCCUACAUUUACUUUUUCAAGCGUGUGUAG